AUGGCCACCUCGGUCACCGCCGUGGCCGCCCUAGCCGUUUUCUCGGCACCAAGAAGCCUCCCGCAGCCCCCGGCCCCGCUGCCGUCCCGCCAGAACGUCGUGUCGUUCGUCGGCCGGCCGGUGCGCGCGCACCGCCGGUUGGUGGCCGUGGCGGCCAGCUCGCCGGCCACGCCGCCGGAUCUUGCCAACAAGGUGUCCGAGAGCAUCAAGCAGGCCAAGGAGACGUGCGCGGAUGACCCGGUGAGCGCCGAGUGCGUGGCGGCGUGGGACGAGGUGGAGGAGCUCAGCGCGGCCGCCAGCCACGCGCGCGACCGGCAGAAGGGCGUCGACCCGCUCGAGGAGUACUGCAAGGACAACCCCGAGACCAAGGAGUGCCGCACGUACGAGGACUGA